AAACUCCACGAAGAAGAAGUUACCAGGGAAACCCGCUGUCCGUGAAUCCGCCUGCACCGAGGCGGGAUUAUUUUUAUCCUUUUUUUUGUUGUCGUGCUUCGCUUAAAAAGACCGACAGAACCCGAACCUGGACCUCUUUAGACCCGGUCCAGACGAAGCUUAACAUGACUCAGCAAGGCGCUGCACUUCAGACCUACAACAACGAGCUGGUCAAGUGUAUCGAGGAGCUGUGCUCGAAGCGGGAAGAGCUGACUCGACAGAUCAAACAGGAGGAAGAUGAGAAGGACCGUCUGCAGCACGACAUCCGGGUCCUCUCUGAGAAACUGAGCCGGGUCAACGAGAGCCUGAGCCGAAGACUCGCUGCCCGUACAGCACUGGACCGCACCGUUGCUGAGACGGAGGCUGCGUACACCAAGAUCUUGGAAAGUUCCCAGUCCCUGCUGAGCGUUCUGAAGCAGGAAGCAGGAAACCUCAGUAAGGCCACGGAGCCUCGGCGAAAGGACCAUUAACGGCAAGAGAACGUACCUGAACUCCGUGGGAACAGAUUUUGCACAUUUAAAGACACUUUUUGUGUGUUUUUGUUUUCUUAAAGGCAAUAAAUGUAUUUUAACUAUCACUUGUGAUUGUUUUAGACCCAACUGAUGUUAAUAAU